AUGUCUGACCACGAGGAGAACAUAUCUGAGGGUGGCUUCAAGACGCCGAUCCCUGAGCUCGACGAUCACCGCCAUCAGGUUGCAGCUAGCCCCCACCCGGAGCGGCCUCGAAGAGGCACCUUCGACACGCUUUAUGGAGCACGCCUGCUCGGACCCGACUCGGUCUCUGGAGAGCGGUUGCCAAGUAUUCGGGUUAGGGACUUUGAAGAGGCAAUUGUGGAUGAUGAUGGAGGAGACAUCUCGCCGCAUGCGCGACGGGUCCGUCGACCAACAGUUGAGACAAUGACUGACCAGAGAUCGAUCUCCCCACCCAACUCGGUGAAGGCCUUUGCUGAAGCGCGCCGUCGCGAGCGUGGCAUGUCCCUUUCCGAGUCUAAGGCCGAGAGGAAAGGCAGUGAGGAGAACCUGCAUCGAGCUGGCUCAAUUAGCAGCCGUCGCAGCCACCGCAGUCGACCUCACACGGUGGAUGACGGCGCCAGCUUAGCCACCAACCAGUCAGCGGAGGAAGAUGUCUGCUUCCCUCUUCAAGAUCCACGGCGUAAGGAUCAGCUGUACAUCGACUUCGACUACUUGGAGAACUUCGUCCAGUCUGACCAGGCGUCGCGAAUUGCCAGUCGCCGCGACUCUCUUCGUGCAUUCCCAGACUUGCGCCAGACGCAGACGUCCGAGGGCCAGCCUCAGUUGCAACUCAGCACCGUUGACGGAGAUAUCCUCAACAUGCCAUCUGACACCUCUGAUGAGCAGGAGAUCUCGGAGAAGGAGCACACCGCCGAAGAAGCUAAGGCUAAGCCUGCAACCCAGCAGCCCUUGGACCCGAAUCGUUUCAGCUUCUUUUCCUCGGCUUGGGAAUCUACGAUUCACGCGGCAGAACUCGGGGACUUGGUUCUCCCAGGCGAGGAUCUUCGGGGCCUUUUCACGCUCCCCGCUGAUGAAUCGGAUGGAGUUUGGUGGCUGAACGUCAAUAACCCCACAAAAGAGGAGUUAACCGCCAUCUGCAAGGCAUUCGGUAUUCAUCCCUUGACAAUUGAGGAUAUCACGACGCAAGAGGCGCGGGAGAAGAUUGAGCUGUUUCCCUCGUACUAUUUUGCAAGCUUUCGAUCCUUCACCCCGGUUCAAGAAGACGAUGGCUUGGAGUACGAGCCGUACAACCUGUAUGUCAUCGUCUUCCGUGAGGGUACUCUGAGCUUUAGCUUCGAGCCCAAUGCCCAUGCUUCUCACGUGCGUAAGCGUAUUGCCCUGCUCAGGGAUUACGUUGCGCUGAGCAGCGACUGGAUUUGCUAUGCUCUCAUCGAUGAUAUUGUGGAUAGCUUUGCUCCAGUCAUCCGCGACAUUGAACUGGAAGCUGACGCCAUAGAGGACGGCGUGUUCGUAGCCCGCGAGGAUGAUUCGAACCAGUUUCUGCGGUCCAUUGGCCGAGUGCGCAAGAACACCAUGGCUCUGAUGCGCCUCCUUGGAGGCAAAGCUGAUGUCCUGCGAGGCUUUACCAAGCGUUGCAACGAGAAUUACAAGGUCACACCUCGGAUGGACAUUGGACUUUAUCUUGGCGAUAUACAGGAUCACGUCGUUACCAUGGUUACCAAUCUCGGCCACUUUGAAAAGAUCCUGUCUCGCUCCCACAGCAAUUACCUGGCCCAGCUUUCCAUCAACAGCAUUUCUCAGGGUACGCACACGAACUUGGUGCUCAGCAAGAUCACUGUUCUGGCGUCAAUCCUGGUUCCACUCAACCUCGUCUGUGGACUGUUCGGCAUGAACGUCCCGGUUCCUUUUGCUGACACAUCUCUCGCUCCAUUCUUUGUUAUUCUUGGAAGCCUCAUUCUCUUCAGCGUUGUGAGCAUGACGUUGGCUCGCAAGUACAAGUUCAUUUGA